AUGCCGUUCACGAAGGAGCAGCUCGACGACAUUGUUAACAAGGUGAGUGUACCUCCACCUCCACUCUGUUCCCUGUCCUCGUCCCCGACUUGGUCAACAUGUCACCUCGUCAAGAGGAGCGAGAAAGCUCAGCUGACCGCCCAGUACCACGAGGACGGCUAUGUCAUCGUCGACGACCUGAUCCCGGACGAGCUCUACGAGCCGCUGUGCGAGGCCGCGGACCGCGUGACCGAGAAGGGCCGCCAGGGCGAGUGGGACAAUGUCCGCAUCGUCGGCAAGCAGUUCCCGCCCUGGUCCGCCGAGGACAGGAAGCAGGGUACCUGGGGCGUCCAGAACAUCAUGCACCCCGAGCUCAACGAGCCCAUCUUCGCCAAGUGGUACGGCAGCGAUGACAUGCUCGAUGUCUCGGCGGCGCUCAUGGGCGUCGGACGGGAGGCUAUGCAGUUUGAGCUCUUCAACCUCCUCGUCAACCCGACUGAGCGCGACUACGCCCUCUCCUGGCACCGCGACGAUGUCAAGGCGACGGCGACUCCGGAGGAGGAGCGCGAGGCUCUCGCAAUCAAGCACCACUCCAUCCAGUGGAACGCGGCGCUGUACGACGACGCGUGCCUCUCUGCGAUCCCCCGUUCGCACAACCGCAUCCGCACGCCCGAGGAGCGCGAGGCCAACCUGAACGGCGGGCCCAUGCCUGGCGCCCAGGUCCUGAACCUGAAGAAGGGCCAGACCGUCUUCUACAACAACAACAUCAUGCACGUCGGCAAGUACAACCUCGCUGUGAAGCGGAGGACGCUCCACGGCUGCUAUGGCAGCCCGCCCGAGGGCGACUCCAGCCGCGCCAGGAACCUCCUCCAGCACGGGCUCGAGUACACCACCGACCCCAAGUUCCGCGCCACGGUGCCCGAGACACUGUGGCCGAUGCUUGACAAGCUCAACUCGUUCCAGGAGGCCGAGAAGGGCAAGCCGAUCCAGUACUCGCAGGACCUUUGA